AAAAGACUAGUCUAUACCCGAAUGUAAUUAUGAGAGGAACAAAAUUAAUAUUGAUGGAGGUAGGAAAUGUAAAAUUUCUGGAUUCUCUCAAUUAUUUCCCUAUGCCUCUAACUGCUCUACCCAAGGCGUUUGAUUUGAAAGAGCUAAAGAAAGGAUACUUUCCACAUUUAUUCAACACUUUGGCUCAUCAGAAUUAUGUAGGCCCAAUUCCAGCGCUCAACUUCUACGAUCCCGACCAUUUAAAAGAAGACGCUCGGGAAGAAUUAUUAAAAUGGCAUGGCGAAAGACAAGCGGAGGGAUACGUUUUUGAUUUUCAGAAAGAAAUCGUUGAAUACUGUAUCUCCGACGUGGAAAUAUUGACACAGGCGUGUCUCAAAUUUCGAGACCUGAUGAAAACCGAAACCACAGUCGAUCCCUUCCAGGAAAGCACCACUAUUGCAUCAUGCUGUAACAAAGUCUUUAGACGCAAUUUUUUAAAACCUGAGACGAUCGGGAUUCGACCGAACCAGAACUUAUAUCACCCCGUUUUACCGUUAAAAGUGAACAACAAAUUGAUGUUUGUUAACUGCCAAAAAUGUGGUAAAAAUUUCGUUCGAGAAGAGUGUCACCAUUCUAUUCAAGAAAGAAGCAUAAAAGGAACUUGGGUGAUAGAAGAGGUGCUCAAAGCUAUUGAAAAAGGUUACCAGAUUAUAGAGACUUACGAAAUAUGGGAAUACGACACAAUUCAGCUCAGUAAAGACCAAGAGGGGUUAUUUAGCGGAAUGAUGAACAAGUUUCUACAAAUAAAACAACAAGCUUCAGGAUGGCCUAAACAUUGCUUAACGGAUGAAGAAAAAACCAUUAUAUUGAUGCAUUUUUGGAUAGAGAGGACAUAA